AUGGAAGAGUACAUUGACCUGGAAAAGGCGCUUGGUGUGGCCAUCAAGGCGGCGCGGAGUGCCGGAGACAUCAUGAGGGAAUUUUACCAACUUCGUCGGGAGGAUACCGCGGCGAAAGUGACGCGGGAAACGAAGGAGGGUAGCUUCCAGACUCCCAGCGGGGCAGACGCCCCGCUCAAGCCAAGCCCGCUGCAGCUGCUCGAUAUCAAGUCGAAGUCGGCCGCAAACGACCUUGUAACGCACUACGAUACCCUCUGCGACGAGACCAUCAUGAAAACCCUGCAGCGCUACGAUGCAAAGGUGGAGAAUGAAAAACAGAAGGCAGGGUUUGAGUUGUUUCAGUUCCGCUUUAUAACAGAGGAGAUUAGCCCCGAUACGCCCCUGACUGAUGACCCGACUUGGAUUGUCGACCCCAUUGAUGGCACCACGGCCUUUGUACACGGGGGCUGUGAGUGCUGCGUCAGUAUUGGCCUCACCAUUAAGAAAAGGACAGUUCUUGCGGUUGUGUACUGUCCCUUUAUUGGGAGCGCACCCCAUAUGAUGUGUGAUUCGAGCCCCACCGCCGUCCCAGUGGGGGAAUUGUACACCGCCAUCCGUGGGAAGGGGGCAUUCCUCAACGGCCAAGCCAUCCGUGUUGCCGCAGACGUCGCGCCAACAACUUCUCUGGUAACGUUUAAUUGUCCCACACGUGUCAAGCUUUCCAUGGAAGAGAUGUCGAAUUGCAAGUCCCAAUGGGAAACCCUUCGGCAGGCAAAACACCAGAGAGCCCUUGAUGCCAAUGGGCACAUUCGCCAGGAGCUUGCUCUGAUUCCGGUGCAGGGCAUCCGCAGCUAUGGCGCUUGUGCCUUUAUUCUCGCACAGAUUGCCGCAGGGCGCGUGGAUCUGUACAUGGAACCUGCGGGCAUGAUAUGGGAUGUUUGCGCAGGAAGUCUUUUGGUAACGGAAGCCGGUGGUGUUGUACAGAACAUGUGGGGUCGUGAGUUUGGAAUGGAGGGCACCACUACGAUUGUCGCGGCGGCGAAUGAGGCACUCGCCAAGUACGGAGUCAAACUCUGUAAGGAGGUGAAUUAUGCGGAUUUUUGGAAACCGUGA